AUGGCGUUCACAAGGAUGCUGGCCCCACGCCUUCUCCGCACGUUCCGAUCCGCCAGCGCCUCGACCACCAACUGCCGCGUCUCCUCGCCGUGCGCCGCCGCGCAGUCCGUUGUGCUAAACCGCCCGACGGCGCCGAGCAACCUCUCCCCAGAUCCGGGUGAUGACGGCGUGUUCCGGCGGUACAUCCACAACCAAUCUGCGGCGGCGGGGGCAGCGUCCGCCGAUCCGCGGUUCCUUCCGACUGGGGAGAAGCUUCUGGAGAAGCUCCGGGGGAUGGGCAUUGCCAGGCAGAGGAUACGGAUCGACUCUCUCAUGCCGCCGCCUGCGGCGGAGGUGGAGGAGGUGGAAAAGGAACCGCCGUUGCCGGAGGGAACGAUCACAGUGAAGGACGCCGUGAAGAUUCUCAGGGUUUCGCAGCUUGAGGCGGUGAGAUCUAGGCUGAGGCGGAUCGAGAGGGACUGUAUUCCUUAUUCUGAAUUUGUGGAGAUUUGUGCUGUAGAUUGCUCGAGUGUUGAGCAGGGGAUAGAAUUUGCUAAGAUGCUCGACCAGUCGGGGAGCGUGAUUGUUCUCGGGAAAAUCGUGUUCCUCAGGCCUGAACAGGUGGUGAAAGCCAUACAAGGAUUAAUCCCUGUCCCCACCCCAUCCCGCACCCUGGAUGACCCAAGCAUGCAGGAACUUUGUGAAUUGGAGAAAAGGAAAUCCCAAAUCGACAUCAAGGCAAAAUUGCUGGUCCAACGUGAGCUAUGGUGUGGACUCGGGUACCUUAUUGUCCAAACGGCGGCCUUAAUGAGGCUGACCUUCUGGGAACUCUCGUGGGACGUGAUGGAGCCUAUCUGUUUCUCUUUGACCUCAUUUUAUUUCAUGGGUGGUUACGCUUUCUUUCUGAGGACAUCAAAAGAGCCAACUUUUGAGGGAUUUUUUCAGAGCAGGUUUGGGUCCAAGCAGAAAAAGUUGAUGAAGGCCGAGAAGUUUGAUGUCGAAAGGUAUAAUGAGCUGAAGAAAGCUUACGCGUCGGCUAAGGGAACUGACAAUGUCGUGUUUACCUCUUAUUCUUCUUCUCCAGUUGCGUAA